GCGGGCGGCGCCCGAGCCCAGGGGCGGCCUGGCGAAUCCCUGCCCCCGGAGUCCACGGCUCCGCGAGGCCACACCCGGAGGGCGGCGCGGAGCACUGGCGCCUGGGCCGUGGGCGACAGUGUCCCAGCGCCCGUGUCUGAAGACGGUCGGGGCGGGAGGAGCUGGUGGCUAGUUCGGGGGUGGCGGGGCGGGCAGGGGCCCCGGGUCAGUUUGGGGAGGGACAGCCGAGGAGCUUGAGGGGUCAGCCUGGGGCUUUAGGGAGCGGAUCGGACCCGGGGUGACCUGCCCUGCCGCUGUCUCGGAAUCCAGCAGGGAAGGAGAGGGAACGGGAGCCGUGAGGGGGAGGCCGGCGGGGACAGGCGGUCAGGUUACAGUUUUGUGCUGGCUCAGACUUGGGCGCCACCCCACGUUCCCCGAGUGACGAUUGGUAAGGGGGGAUUGGAACACUGGUCGAAGCCCGUGUGAAAUAAAACAUCCAAACUUAGCCCGCACAGACUUGUAUCGAAAAGGAUUAUGGGGGGACUGGACGUAGGGGACAAGGGACUGUGGCCACAUGGGGAGGGGUCUCCUGCAAGAGGCAGUAGGGGCAGAGGGCGCACUGGAACAGGAGAGAGUUUCUCUCGMGAGGUCCACAGCAUCUGAAGACCUGGGUCAGAAGUUUUCCUUCGGGGAGGCCUAAACAAGGCUAGAAAGAGCAGUCGUGGGAAGAUUGAUGAAGGCAGUCCUCGGCGUGCUGGUCCACCCGCCUGAUGCCAGCUGGUUCUCAGGAGGGCUGUCUGCAGGCUCAGGGCGCCCUCAUGCAGGCCCUGGAAGAAAGCCAAGGCUUGCCUGUCAGACGUUUUGUUCCAGUUGGUCAGCGGGGACCAGCUAUCCAGACCCAGUGGCCUUUGAGGACGUGGUCGUGGACUUCUCCCCCGAGGAGUGGGCCCUGCUGGACGGUGCUCAGAGGGACCUCUACAGGGACGUGAUGCUGGAGACCUGCAGGCACCUGGCCUCCGCAGGUUGUUGCUUUCACACUACAGCCAGCGGGUCACGUUUUCAGCAGUAUAUUUUGAGAAAUGGAAUAUCCAGCGACGAUUUUACAAGAAGGGAUUUCUGGUCUGCUUUUGGAGAAAGCUGGAGGCUCGAUGACCCUGGCAAUGACCAGGUGCAGGACCCGCGUGGGAGAGGCGGCGUGGUGGACGGCCUCUCCGGGCAGACGGAGGGUCGGCUUGGGGACGCCGUGGGCCAYGCUGUGCGCAGGCGUGUCCCCAGUGGAGGUCAGCCCCGGGAACGAACCACGCGUGCCAGGGCCUCCAGGAACCAGCAAGCACCGCCCACUGGACACAAGCCUCGUCCUCGUGAGGAACGUGAGCAAGCCGGCGGCAGCCCGGGUCCCCCUGCGAAAACUGACACUGCAGAGAGACCCCAGGAACGAGGGGACACCGGGGGAGCACCGAGUGAACACGUGCGAAGGCCUAGUAGCACAAAGUCUCUGAAAUGUAGGAAAUGCGGGAAAGUUCUCUCCUGCCCCUCGUCCUUACAGGCUCACGUGCGCRGUCACCGAGGGGAGAAGAGGCACGCGUGUGCCGUGUGCGGGAAGGCCUUCCAGUUCCGCUCCUACCUCGCCCGGCACGCCAGGACGCACACCGGGGAGAAACCCUACGCGUGCGCCCAGUGCGGGAAGGCCUUCAGCUGCGCCUCCUACUUCCGCGACCACGUGCGGACGCACAGCGGGGAGCAGCCCUACCGCUGCGCGCACUGUGGGAAGGCCUUCGGCUGCUACUCCUCCUUUCGGGACCACACGCGGACGCACACUGGGGAGAAGCCCUACGAGUGCACCCGCUGUGGGAAGGCGUUCGCGUGCUACUCCUCUCUCCGGGAACACGGGAGGUCACACAGCGGGGAGAAGCCCUAUGACUGUAAGGAGUGCGGGAAAGCCUUCAGGUACCCCGCGUCCCUGAGAGCGCACCUGAGGACGCACGCGGCCGGGAAGCCCCACGCGUGCCAGCAGUGUGGGAAGGCCUUCAGCUGCGCCACCUACUUCAGGAGACACGCCAGGACCCACGGCGGGGCGCGGCCCUACCAGUGUGCGCAGUGUGGCCGGGCCUACCGCUUCUCCUCCUCCCUGCGCAUCCAYGCCAGGACGCACACCGGGGAGAGGCCCUUCGGCUGUCAGCAGUGUGGCAAAGCCUUUGGCUGCGCCUCCUCCCUCCGAGAGCACGUGAGAACCCACAGUGGGGAGAAGCCCCACCGCUGCCGGCAGUGCGGGAAGGCCUUCAGCCACCCGCAGUAUUUCCAGAAGCACCUGCGGUCACACGGCGGCGGGAAGCCCCACGAGUGCUCCCAGUGCGGGAAGGCCUACCGCUGCUCCUCUUCCCUGCGCGUGCACAUGAGGUCGCACACCGGGGAGAGGCCCUACGAGUGCAAGCAGUGUGGGAAGGCCUUCAGGUACCUGGCGUCCCUGCAGGCCCACGGGAGGUCACACGCUGCAGAGGAGCUCUGAGAACACAGCGGCCUGGGACAGGCGUGGGACCUGGCGCCCUCGCCCCAAAGCCCUUGGGGUAGGAAGAACACACCAGGGAAGACCCCAUGAUGUUCAGAAGGGGAAGCCUGGGAGGGAGUCUCCACUGUUACCAGCCUUCACCUUUCAAGUGCCUCACUUAGCAGGGACCCUGGUGUUCGGUCUCUUCUUGGUGGUGUUGACAUGGGCAGUGAACAUCCUGUUGGGCGCCAUCACUGGUACUAAGUGUAUUUUGUUAUCUAAGACUUCCAAUAAUCGGGCGUCCUCGUAGACUUGUCUAGUGCACGUUAUGAUCUUGGACCUAUGGGUGCUACCGUGUACAGUUUGAUGUGAUUUUACAUUAGCAGUUUUCUCUGUCUAUGACUUGAUGAAAACUUACUGAUUUAUUCGUAUGCAGUGCCGAGACUUGAACCCCGUGCCUCACAGCCCUACACGAGAAGCUUUUGAUUCCUACUUUUGUUUCCAGCUUGAGGUCAGAAUGUGACUGUUGUGGUUGAACUUGCUUUUCUAGUCCACAGGUGCAGGUACUGGACACACACACACACUGUCCACCUUUCUCUUCAUUCUUCAUUAUGGAAAGAGGCGUCUUCCUUUGUUGCUAGUGGACUCAUGUAAUGCACAGGAAUUAGUAAUUCUGGAAGGUUCUUCAAAGAGUCUCUUCCCAACUGAUUUGUGAUCAUGUUUUGAUCUUGACUGGAUAUUGGACACACUGCAUUGCGUUGAGAAGAGACCCUCUGGCCUAAAGGUGAAGUCCGUGUAUCAGUGGUCCCACUGAAUGGUCAUCAGCAUGAAUAAGGCUGGAAAGUGAACGUCCUGAGUUCACGGGGACAGCGUGUGAGUUUUGGGAUGUGGGAGUGGAUAACCAGUAUUCUCGGUAGCUUUUUUUUUUUUUUUUAAAUAUUUAGUUUUAGGUGGGCACAGUAUUUUACCUUUACGUGGUGCCGAGGAYCGAUCCCAGUGCCUCACGUAUGUAGGCGAGCGCGCCUCCGCUGAGCCCCGGCCCCGGCCCUUUCGGCAGUUUUAUUGGGAGACAGGGUCUAUAAAUUGCCACCCSUUGACCACGGUGACCUGUGGUCCUAGGUCAAGCACGUUGUUCUGAUCCUCUCUGCCCAUCUAGAAUGGCCCCACAGCAAGCCCGGCACCCCUCUGGGCMCGCGCUGCAGACUGUCCACACACCUCCCGUCACGGGCCCUCCUGGCUCCGCGCUCCCAGGUUCCUGCGUGGGCCGCAGCUCUGUGGUUCCCGACCCCUCCCUGAGAGCCCUUGCCCUCAGCUCUCCUGUCACCUGGUUUCCAUGGUGAGCACCUGCGUCCUGACGAUUAUGUGGAGCUGAGAGCCCGUGUCCCUAUAGGGCUGCUGAGGCAGCUUGUCUAGCGGAUCUGUCACUUCAUUCCUGUUGAGAGCCACAGCCAGUCGGAAKGGCCCCUGGCAUUUUGCCAGAAGUAAUGGUCGAGAGGGGAGCCAUU